AUGGCGUCCGACCUCGAUGAAAAAAAAAUCAACGUGUUGCAUCAUGUAGAGGUAAACCCUGAUGGAAAAUCAUUCCCGGGCUUUGUUCAAACACUGAAGGAGGUCCAUCGCAUUCUGAAACCAGGCGGGAUUUUAACCAUCAUUGCUGAAACACCAGAAAAUUGUGAUGGCUUUUGGUUCACAAAUCUAGUACCAGAAACUACAAAAAGAUUGCAAAAGAGGCUACCUAAUCAUAAACAAAUAAAGCGUAUGCUUGAAGAGUCUGGCUUCUCACUGAAGUCGACUUAUAAACAAUUAAUGGCAUCGUUUCUUCCAAAUUAUGACAACAUAGAGGGCCCUCUGCAUGAAUCCUGGAGAGGCGUAAACUCUUUUUGGUCCGUUUGCACGGAGUCGGAAAUUCAAAAUAUGAUCCGGAAUGUGACGCAGAUGAAGAAUGAGGGGACUCUCCAAGCAUACUACGAGAAACAUGAUAGAAUUUAUUCUGUCGGAGCCUAUGAAAUAUUUGCAGCAAAGAAAAUUUAAAUAUGUAUUAUGCA